AUGGAGAAGGGAUUGGACUCUGUCAUCAAAGGAGGAGGAUAUAGGGAAGCUGGCAAUGUUGCAUUUUCAGCUUGCCAAUCAACAUCCAAAAGUUACAAACAACACGAGGCAUGGAUCUAUGACAAAAUUCUUGUGAACGAUGGUAAUUCAUACAACAAGGCAACAGGAACCUUUACAGCGCCUUCUGGUGGAAUAUAUGUAUUUACCUGGGCAACAUUGACUCAACCAGGUAAAGCAGCUCAUCCUUACCUAAGAGUUAAUGGUCAUUACAAAGGAUUUACUGCAUUCAACAAUACGCGCACGUCACAGAGUGUUUGGAGUAGCGGUUCCAAUACGAUUGUUGUUCGUCUGAAGAAAGGGGACAAGGUCGAUGUGGCUUCCGGGUACCUGGCAGCUUAUGCAAGAGAAAAUUUUUCUUCAUUUUCUGGAUGGAAGAUAUAUUGA